GUCAAUGUCAUCUUUGAAUCGUCCGGCGAAGUUGCAUUUUCAUGAAACAUUAGAAAUUAUUACAGUAACCAAGUUAUUUAAGUGAUUUUUAUAGAAUAUAAUACUUAUAUUGUAUAAACAUGGCUCGGCGUUAUGAUACUCGAACAACCAUUUUCUCGCCGGAAGGUCGGCUUUACCAAGUUGAGUAUGCUAUGGAAGCCAUCAGUCAUGCGGGAACAUGUCUAGGUAUCUUGGCCACGGACGGCAUCUUGCUGGCCGCAGAACGCAGAAAUACAAACAAACUUCUUGAUGAAGUAUUUUUUUCUGAGAAAAUCUACAAGCUGAAUGAUGAUAUGGUAUGCUCUGUGGCUGGUAUCACGUCAGACGCCAAUGUUCUGACUAAUGAACUCAGACUGAUUGCCCAGAGGUACCUCCUUCAGUAUGGAGAGUCUAUUCCUUGUGAACAACUUGUUUCUUGGCUGUGUGAUGUCAAGCAAGCUUACACACAGUACGGAGGUAAGAGGCCUUUUGGUGUAUCAAUCCUGUACAUGGGCUGGGACAAGCACUAUGGCUACCAGCUCUACCAAUCAGACCCCAGUGGUAACUACGGUGGAUGGAAAGCCACUUGCAUCGGAAACAACAGCGCUGCUGCUGUAUCAAGUCUGAAACAGGAAUACAAGGAAAAUGAGACCACUCUUGCUGAAGCCCAGGCUUUGGCCAUCAAGGUGCUCAGCAAGACCCUGGACAUGACUAAGCUGACUCCAGAAAAAGUGGAAAUGGCAACAUUGACACGCAAAGACAAUAAGACUAUUAUCCGAGUUCUAACUAGCACUGAAGUAGAGAAACUUAUUGCUGACUUUGAGAAGAGUGAGGCCGAAGCUGAAGCCGCCAAGAAGCAACCCCCCAAGUCGUAAUUGUUCUCUUGUUCGGAAUAAGUGUUCUCAUAUUGGUACAUUAAAUAUUUUGCAAAAAAA